CUAGGCCAGGCUUGGAUCCAUUCCUUCGAGGCUGCUCUGUAUCAUUCUCUCCUCCUCCACCUCCUCGGAGAGGCUCUGUGUGUUCGUGUGUGUGGGGAGCCUGCAACUGGGCUCCGUCUCUUUCUUCCUUUCCUUCCUUUCGUUCCUGCUUGCUUGCUCGCUCUCUGCCUCCCCCUGCCUCUCCCUCUCUCCAUUGUCCCUUGCAAUUCUCAUCUCUCUUGCUCCUCUCUAGUCCUCUUCUCCUUAACUCCCCUCGUCGACUCCAUCCCCACUUGCCCCCCACUUCUCCAGUGCUGCUUUCACCGUGCCUUUCUCGCGAUCUCAGAUUUGCUUUUGGUUGACCACACGGCCUCCAUGAUUCUUUAGUGACCGUCUAGUUGGAAUUACAUUGACUGUACCAUUCAAGUGAAUACGCACGUACACACACACACACACACACACACAGGUAUAUAUAUAUUUAUAUAUAUAUAUAUAUAUAUAUAUAACGAAGAGUGAAGCAUUGAGCAAGAACUUCGCCAGAAGAGGUCAUGGAGGGUGCUGUAGAAUUAGGGACUCAGUCGGAGAGAUGUGCUCGAGGGGAUAGUGAGCCGGAGCCAGUGUUGGAAGUUGACUUAUCUUCGCGAGUUAAUUCUAGCGAGGUCAUAGUGGAGAAUUCUGAUGAUGCUACAGUGCCCAAAUUUAGUGAUCAUCAAUCAGGGAUAUCAAGCUGUCCAACAUCCACGCGCUCUCCAAUUGAGACGGACCUCUCGCUUGGUAUUGUGGGGCAGUUAGAGAGAUCGCAUGAUGCCUGUGAUGGGCAACAAGACUCGAGGAAAAGUCCCGAUGAAGAUGCUAGCGAUUCAGAAAACUGUACACAAGCUGGCAGGAAUGGUAUAGAAGUUAGGGAUACUCUGUUGAGUUUGCAGAUUCGAGUGAGAGAUCUUGAAAUACAGUUAAAAGAUCGCAUUGAUUGGGCACAGCAGAAAGUGAUGCAAGCUGCUCAAGCAGUGAGCAAGGAACGACAAGAAUUGAAUGCUGUUCGUGCAGAGCGUGAUGAAGCGUUGCGGUUCAAGAAGGAGCAGAAAGCUGUAGAAGAAAGUGCACUUAGGAAGAAAGCUGAAUUGGAGACGGCCCUCAGGAAAGCUAGUGCAGAAGUGCGCAGAUUAGAAACUGAAAAUGCAGAGGUUAGAGCUGAAAUGGAAGCAGCCAAGCUCAGUGCUGCUGAGUCUGUUGCCAUAUAUCAGGAAGUUGCCAAGAGGGAAAAGAAAGGUGCCAAGAGGGCGCAAGGUUGGGAGAAGCAGAAAGCUAAACUGCAGGAGGAACUCUCGGAGGAAAAAAGGAAGUUGGCUCAGUUGCAGCAGGCACUUGCUCAAGCCAAUGAGCGACACCUGCAGGCUGAGGUAAGGUGGAGGCAAGAAGAGAAAGCAAAAGAAGAAGCUAUCGCUCGUGCAGACAAGGAGAAGAGGGCGAAAGAGCAGGCAGAAGCUGCAUUUAAGAGACGGGAAGAAGUUACACGAAGGAAAGUAGAACAAGAUAAGCAGCGGCUUCGUGACGAUGUUGAACGGUUAACCCAGGAAUUGUCCACUUUAAGAGCGACAGGGUCUCACAAUUUCGUCAGUGCAAGUUGGAAUUCCCCUGCUGCAACAGUAGGAAUGAUGGGCGGACGGAUCGGGCAGAAGGAGAUUGAGAGACUUGUUCGAGAAGUAGCGGAUCUUGAGCAGGACUUACUUCAGAGGGAUGUGCGGAGGGAUCGCGAGUGUGUGAUGUGCAUGUGCGAGGAAAUGUCAGUAGUUUUCAUGCCGUGUGCCCACCAGGUGGUAUGCAUCAAAUGCAACGAGCUUCAUGAAAAACAGGGCAUGCGGGAUUGUCCUUCUUGUCGAACGCCUAUUCAACAACGCAUUCGUGUCUACGGUGCUAGCUCCUAGCCUAUAUCGACUAAGGAAAUCCCUAUCGAUGAAACAAAUCAGUUCUGGGUCUUGCCAGACACGUCUCGUUUGGUGGGGAGAUUUUGUCCAGGAAUAUUGUAUGUCUUACGGAGCAAGCUUGUUGCCCUUUGGUUGCAAAAAGAAAAGCUAGUAACUAGCAGAACUGGCAAGGACCUUGCGCAGCUUACUGUGAUCAUAAGAUUUUGUACUUGGGUUGUAUGUUGGCCACCAAACAUAAUGGAUUGUAAAAGUAUGUGAGUUCCUAUCUUGGCCAA